AUGUUUAUUUUAGACGAAAAUGAUGAUGAUGAAAUCUCAUUCAAGCCUGAUACCAUGGCUUUAGAAAGCAUUCUUAACAAUAGAGGCAUCGAUAACCGGUCUUUAUCAAGACACACUAUGGCUUCUACAAGAACAAUGCCAUUGUCUAAAAGACAGUCACUGUUGGAUGAAAAGCGUACAUCUAUAUAUUAUGCUGGAAAAAAGACAUCAAAGAUGCUUAUCGAGCCGGGUAGACCUUCUCUAUCCGCAACUACCAUUAGCAAGCCAAACUACACCAAAGUACUGCCAACCUCUUCCAAGCCACUCCCGGCAAAUUCAAAACUUCACUACGCUCUUGGCUCAACCGUAGUUGGCUUUCAAGAUGCAGGACCUUUGAAAGACGAGAAAGAUGGUGACGAAAGUACGUUUACUAAACCCAUAUUGCCAGAGCAGAGAAAAGAAACAAAGCAACUCGAAACAAAGCCCAACAUUUCCACUUUGAUGACUCCUAGUAGAGCUCUUACUCAAACUACAARCCAACAGCUACAUGUAAAAGAUAACGAAAGCAAAUCGUCCAUUUAUUCCGCUUUGAUGACUCCCAGCCGAAGUCAGCUGGAUACUAGAACCCAGGCACCAACCUCUACWAAAAAGCACGUGACAUGGUCUGCUAUACUUACUCCACAUCGUGACCARCAGCUCGUCGUUAAUGCUAAUAAGGGUGGAUCAAUACUUAAGAAAUCUUCGAGCAAAGGAAGACUGGCGGAAAAACCUUGUUCUCCAGUCUUGUUUACCGCCCCUGAAGAUGUAACUCUGAAUGUGUGCAACUCACCAACUUUAGAGUCUCGUCCUAUUGCAAUGAAACUUUUCUCGAAUGAUAAUACCACAGCGGAUAUUUGUCCAGAGAAGGUAACUCAUUUUAAGUUAYAAUAG